AUGUCUGCCUCGCCCCAAAAGCUCGAGGCCAAUUUGCCCGAAACGCCUGCCCCGCGGGCCCUCACCACCAAGCACAAGGUGGUGGCAUGCUGGGUGUUGUGGGCGGCCACGUGCUUCACCUCCGUCAUCUGCUGCUUCCCCACCUUCACGCGGGCAUCCCUAUGGUUCCCGCAACUCAGACUACACCUCGACAAAACCGACAACGGCGUCUGGGUAUACGACGUCGACGAGGUGCUCCAGGUGAUCUCGCAAUUUGCAACAGACCUCCAGGGCGUGUCGUUGGCCGACUACGACCCGGAACUUUCCUUUGUGUCCGACAGCAUCUACGGUUUUGACUUCUCCAGCUGGUGCAGGCACAGCCCGUCCACCGUCUCCAUCUCGUGUUACCUGGGCUUCGGCAUGGACGUGAUCACGGCGCUCGUCACGGACAUGGGCGUGCAGGUGGGCAUUGCCGGCAGAAUGGACAACCCGCUGCUCUUUGGCGCCAACUUGGCCUCCACCUUCAACAAGAUCAUUCGGGACCUCGACCUGGCCUACCACAAUGCGCAGGACGCGCCUGAAGAGGCCCUAGACAUGGCCAGGCUCUCCAUCGUGCACCAGGUGGAUCAGUCCAUGAAAAUGGGCAGGGUCAUGCUCGUCCUCAACUUCGUGCACGCGGUAUUGUUCCUCGCCACGGCGAUGGCCUUCUUCGUGCCGAUGGCCAAGGGCGUGUUCUGGCGCUACCGCCGGGCGCAGAUCCCCAUGUUCUCGUUGUUGGCUCUUUGUGAGACGUGCACGCUCAUCAACUACUUGUUGGAGGCGUUGUACCUCCGAAAGCUCAAUUCCGUGUUCCGCGUGCAUGGGGUCAUUCUCACGUUGGGCCUCGGCUCGACAAUGUUGGUGACCGAGUAUCUCGCAGCCUUCGUUCUAUGUAUAUUGUAUUUUGUGUAUUUCCACGGCGAGUUUCACGGCGAGUCAUCCACGUGA